GGGAAAGAGACGGCGCCAUAUUAGAAGAGAUCUUAUUGUUAUUCUUUGUAAAGAUACCAUAUUUCAUCAUAGCAAGUAGCUUUAUUUGGUGAACGUGUAUAGGUUCAACAGAGCUAACCUCUUAAUACCGCCUGAGGGAGCUAUAUAAAUUCUCCACGUCGUUAGCGUAAGUCCUGUUUAAAUAUGUCUGGCGGUGUAAUUCGAGGGCCUGCAGGGAACAACGAUUGUCGGAUUUACGUGGGUAAUUUACCCCCUGAUAUCCGCACCAAAGACGUCGAGGAUGUGUUUUAUAAGUACGGGGCCAUUCGGGACAUCGACCUUAAAAACAGAAGAGGAGGUCCGCCGUUUGCUUUCGUGGAGUUCGAGGACCCGAGAGAUGCAGAGGAUGCUGUAUAUGGACGUGAUGGCUAUGACUAUGACGGCUAUCGUCUUCGAGUGGAGUUCCCAAGGAGUGGCAGGGGAGGUGGAAGAGGUGGAGGUGGAGGUGGUGGAGUUGGAGCUCCCAGAGGCAGAUACGGACCUCCAUCCAGGCGUUCGGAGUACAGGGUCAUAGUGUCAGGACUUCCUCCUAGUGGCAGCUGGCAGGACCUUAAGGAUCACAUGCGUGAAGCAGGUGAUGUAUGUUAUGCUGACGUUUUCCGAGAUGGCACCGGCGUUGUGGAGUUUGUGCGCAAAGAAGACAUGACCUACGCCGUUCGAAAGCUGGAUAACACUAAGUUCCGGUCACACGAGGGGGAGACUGCGUACAUUCGUGUAAAGGUGGAUGGCCCGCGCAGCCCCAGUUACGGGCGCUCGCGCUCUCGCAGCCGGAGCAGGAGCCGUAGCCGAAGCAACAGCCGGAGCCGCAGCUACUCUCCACGCCGCAGCAGAGGAUCUCCACGAUACUCGCCCCGCCACAGCCGUUCCCGCUCCCGCACCUAAACAUCCACACCCCAGCUGUCGGCUGGCCACAAUCAUACACACCCUGUGUCGCCCUCUAUUGGACCCACUGUUGUACUUCAUUGCUCUCUUGACUCGUUUCCGUCUCUUUCCCCAGUUUGCUUUCUCUCAUCUUUGGUUUGUUGGGUUUUUAUGAUUUGACUGUCAUUUUGCCAAUGGCAGCUACACGUGGUGUAAGUGGAUGCUCCCCUUUCUCCCCUUUCCUUUCCCGUCAGUUUUUAUUUUUAUUUUUGUCGUCUCCUAAACCAUGACCCUGUUGUGUCUUUGUCUUGCGUUCUCAUUUUAAUUGGAUCUUCAUACUCAUCCCUUGUACUAUAUUUGACACAAGGGACUUGUUGAAAUGCUUUAAAUAGUUGUAUGUGUGACGGAUUAUUCUGCUACUGUUUUUUUUUUUUUUUUGUUAACAAUGCUUCAUUAAUUGGGAUGGGGUCAUUUUUUUGUUGGAAAACUGUUCUACUUUUACCUUUUCAUGUCUUUCUAUAGACAACAGAAGAGCAGGAUUAAAGAAAGCUUUGGAAUAAAGGAUUUUGAAGCACAGUUCAUUCAUAUUAGGAUAUGUGGAGGAGGAGGAGGAGCAGGCAUUUCAUUUAAGGAGGCAAUGGUAUGACGGCAAGCAGCUUUAGUCACAUUCAAAAAGGCAGUUGAUGUUUUUCUACAGACUUCCAGUAUUCUGGAUUUUCUUAGUUCAGUAACACAUUAGUUUUGCUUUGCCAUUCUUCCUCCCUUCACAGCACUCCCCUUCCUCAUUUAAUUUACCUUUUUCUCACUGGUCAUCGCUGCUAAGCAUGCAUGUGUACUGUCUGGAUGUUGCAAUGCUUGUGCGUACAUUUAAGACCGUGUUUUGUUCCUUGUUUUUCUUUUGGAUGUUUGAAAUCCAAAAACAUUUUUGCCUGUUGUCCAAAAUGUGCUGGGAUUUGGCCUUUAUUGAUCUUCCAUGUAGAUUUAUCAUUAGACAGCUGCAGUCGUUCUCAUGUAAAUUGUGUAUUUGUCAAGAGAAAGUAUCUGUUUUAUUUCCUAUCUUAGUUUUCCAAAGAAAUAAGCACAAUUUAAUGUGUUUAGGCGGUGCUCUAAAUUUCUUCCGGAGCAUAUCAUCAUAGUCUGGUAUCCUUUUUGUCAUUAACAUAGAAAUAAAAAAAAGAAAGACAAAUACCGCUCCUAUUAUUAGUUAAUGACAGCUUUUAAUAAUAGACGCUCUUCAUAUAGUUGUGAUUCUAACUUGUUACCUCCCUCUUUUUGGUUUUGCCGGUAUUCAAAGGUUUGGAGGAGGGGCUCACUGUGUCCCGAUCCUUGGAGCCGGAUCAUUGGAUCAGUUCAGGAUCAGGAUUAGCAUUAGGAUAAGGAUGGAUACAUACAUGGAGCGGGAUCAAUUUACCGGGAACGGGAACCAUAGGAGAGGAUCCCAACCCCAGCCCCGCAUCCCCCCACCAAACCACAUUUAAAGGAUACCUGACGUCGUAAUUGGCUUCUCUAGAACCAAAUUAAAUUUUUUUUUUCUUUUUCCGUGGAGUUCCCAUGAUGUGGGCAGAAGGGAUCCAGGCGCCUCUUUUGUUUUUGUGAGAUGAGUUUUUCGAUUAUAAAAAAGGAGCAGAGCAAGGAACCAGAAGGCUGGAUCAGUUGCUUUGGAUGGAAUCCGCAUGAGGAGCGUGGUAAAUAGAGGGGUUAUAAAUUCGUGGGAGGGUGGGAAAAUAGGCACAUUUUGAGGGGGGUGUUGUAGUUUAUUUAGGAUUUCCCAAAAAAAAAAAUUUACUUUUCAAGUAACAUUCGUUGGCAUUUGCUGUGUUGGCAGUGGUGUUUCUUUUCCCCCACAAUUGGCUACUUUAUAUUUCUAGAUUGUAGUGUGUUAAUUUUCUCUUUCACUCUUCUUUAAAUAAAGAUUGAAUGUUCAA